AUGGCAACAAUACUUAAUAGUAGUAAUAAUAGUAAUAGUAAUAAUAAUUUAACGAUGAGUGGGGGUGGGCCAAGUGGCGCAAAUCAUAAUCAUUUAUUCUAUAAAAAUAUCGAAACUCAAAGUUCCAGUAGUUUAUAUUCAAGAGGGGAUGACGAUGAUGAUGAAGAGUUUUACGAUUGUUAUGAGGUAAAUCCAUCAUGGUCAACAACUCCAGUAUCACCAAGUUAUUUAAUUAAUGAUAGAUCAAAUUCAAUAUCAGCAAAAGAGGCACCUUUUUCAAAUGGAAAUAUUAAUUUAAGACAAUCACAAUCUCAGUUAAAUAAAUCACAAUCACAAAUAUUACCACCUCAAACACAAUUACCCUCAUCACUACCAACAUCAUCACCACCAACAUCAUCAUCACCAACAUCAAAUGUAUUACCCAGUUCAGUGGUUUCAAAAGCUGACUUAUCAUCCAUUUCAACUCAAAAUAAUCCAUUGGUUAGAUCAACCUCAGCAACUUUAUUACCAUCAACAACAAUAGUACAACCAAACCCAACAUCCCAAUUGUCACACUCCACAUCAAUUUUACAACCACCAAGCUCCCAAGCAUUAUCAUCAUCAUCAUCGUCGUCAUCAUCAUCUGGUACUGGUAGUGUUAGAUCAAAGAGAAAUUCCAGAGUAAUUAGUUUAAUUAAAAAUAAAAAGGAAGAAAUUAGUAAUUUAUUUAAAGAGAUUAAAGGUGAUACAAAAUCAGAUCAAUCACAACAAACAUUGGAUGAUUUAGAUAUUUCAGUUUCACAACAAACAAACAACCCACCACCACAAUUACAACAAUCACCAAAUACACAACCAAAUCAAUCAUCACCACAACCACCCCCACAUAAUGAAAAAGAUGGAAUUAGAAAAAAAAUUAAAAGAAAAUUAAUACCAGGUUCAAACAAUAGUAAUAAUAAUAAUAAUAGUAAUAAUAAUAAUAAUAAUAAUAAUAAUAAUAAUAAUAAUAAUAAAGAAAAACAUGAUUCAAGAGUUACUAGAUGGUUAAAAAACCAUAAUUUAAAAAAGAAGAAGGAGGUUAAUACAAGAUUUAUACAAUCACAAUCAAUUCAAGGUCAUAAAGGCUCUAUAUGGUCAUUGGAAAUAAGCAAAGAUGAAAACUAUAUUUCAACAGCUGGAUCAGAAGGUGUUAUUAAAGUUUGGAAGACUAUUAAAUCACCAUUACAACAACAAGCCAUCGCACCAGAUAAUAUUAGUAUAAGUAGUUAUAGUAGUAAUAGUAGCAGUGGUAGUAAUGAAGAAAAUCAACAACAAAUUUUAGAAAAUAAACCAAGAUUCAUUUUAGAAGGUCAUUCUGGUCAAGUUUUGGAAAUGAAAUGGUUAUCCAAUACAUUAUUAAUUUCAUCAUCAAUAGAUAAAACUGUAAAGCUAUGGAAUAUUGAAACUGGAGAUUGCGUCAAAACAUUCGAGCACAACGAUAUUGUUGUUUCUAUUUGUUUCGACUCUGUACAGUGCAUAAAUAAUAAAGAUUUCUUUUUCUAUUCCGCAACUUUAGAUGGUGUAAUUAGAAAGUGGAGCGUUAAUGACCAUACCAAACCAAUUUCUCAAUUAGAACUAGGCGAAUACAUAACUUCAAUUGCCCUCUCACCAAAUCCACACUAUUUAAUAGUUUCAACACAUUUAGGUAACCUUUGUUUCUAUAGUCCAUUCGACUUGGAGUUUGUUAACAAGUUUAAUAUAAGUCAAAGUCAUAAUACUAAAAAAGGCAAAGGCCCAAAAAUUGUUGGUGUCCAAAUUAUCUCGAAUUCUUUAAAUCAAAGUGAAAUUUUAGUUAGUUCAAAUGAUAGCUAUAUUAGACACUUUUCUUUAAUCAAUUUCAAAAGGAUAUGCAGAUACGGAGGUGGUGUUUUGGAAAAUUAUCAAGUUAAACCAAUCGCUUCAAUUGAUAAAAAAUAUAUUAUAAUGGGUUGUGAAGAUAGUCAAAUUUAUAUAUGGGAAAAUUUUUCAGAACAAAUAAUAGGUUCAAAUCAAGAUGGUAAUGGAAAUGUAAAUAGUAUUAAUAAUGGUCAUAGUCACCAUAAUAAAGUUACCAUCGAAAAUUACGAAUAUUUUACCGCAUCAAAUAAACCAAUAACCAAUACAGCUUUCUUAACAAUCAAUAAUAAUACAUAUUUAAUUACAACUGACACACUUGGUCAUUUAUUAAUAUUUAAUAAAUAAUAAAUAUAAUAGUUUAUAUAUAGUAAAUAUUUUGAUUAAUCAAAAUAUAUUUAUUUAAUUU